UUUGGGUUGUGGUUGUGUUAUUCGUGUGUCAGGACAUAUGUAGAAGAUGCUAUACUUAAUUCUUUUUUUUAAUAGAUUAUUCCACUUUUUAUGACUAAAUUAGCUAUUAAUAUUAUUUGUUUUAUAUAUAUAUCUUAAUCAUUGAGUGAACUUUAGUGUAUUUGUGUUUUUUUUGCGUAUAAUUUGAGUUCAGUGGUAGUGCCUAGUUUUACCCCUGCGGCACGGGAUUUGGAACGAAGAUUUACUAGCUCAGUUUUUUUGAGAUAUGCUCUCAGUGAAGGAGUGAUUCAAUUUCGAUGUGGAAAAUGACAUCGUAGGAUACCUUAACAUUGUUAUCAACGGUGUGCGAGUUGUUCGUCCGUGAUGGGCGCGUCGGGCGUGUCGGACGAGUACUCGCCGCCGCGGCUGGCGCGACUGCUCCACUCCUUACCCCACAUCAACGUGACGCUGCAUAGAGUCAACGACACCUUCGCCCCCAACUCACCAAUCUAUCUAGAGAGUUUAGGUAUCCUCGGUUCGAUUCCCGGCGCGUGGCUCAUACUGACGCUGACUGUACUUCUCAUUUACCUGCUGACGAGAUGCUGCGACAGGAAGCAGCGCCCGCCGCGCAGUAUCACAGCUCUGAAGAUAACGCUAAUGAUUCUGUCGGUGCUAUGUUGCGGCGCUAUCGGCGUCGGCCUCUUUGGGAAUGACGACCUUCACAAUGCGAUGCUGCAGAGCAUCCAGGCUGGAAACCAGCUCGCCGCACUCGUCAAUACCGUCAAGAACCAGUCCAGUAUCCUGGAAGAGGCGAUGGGUUCCCGGGCCCGCGCCCCUCUCGCCCGCCUCGCAGACGCCCUGGAUGCUCCUGUCGCUAACCAGACGGCCCUUGGGACCUUGCUGAGAGCCUUGUCUGCUCUCCGGAACAACGCCAGCGCGGCCGCCUCCGCCGCUGAUAACCUUAGGAGACCCUUGGCAGCUCUCAGCCUGGACGCGUUCAUGAAGCGUCUCUGGGUGUGGGAGGCAGCUCGCUGGGCGGGGGGUAUGGCCGGCUGGUGUUGUGGCGGCGCGGUGUGCGUGGCGCUGCUGGCGGCCGCCGCGAGGCGCUCCAGGCGAGCUCUGCUGAUGCUAUGUGUCUGUGCUCUGGGGGCGCUGGUUGCGUGUUGGGGCGCCAGUGCGGCGUUGUCAGCGGGCGCGGUGGCCGCCGCGGACGCGUGUCAAGACCCCGCCCGGGCUCUGGCCCUGCACGCACCCCACGGACUUCCAGUCGAUAUGGUGCACUACUACCUGUCCUGCAAGGUUUCCCGGGAGAAUGUUUUAACAGCUGAGCUUCGUAACGCUCAACGGGCCGUGGUGGCCGUCAGACAGGCGCUGGCCAUCCUCUCCCGGGGAGCGCCUCAGCUGUUCAAUGACCCCGGGCUCCAGCCGGCGCUGGGGGCUCUGGGCGCGGGCACGGGCGAGGCGGAGCGUGCGUUGGUGUCUCUGAGCGGGGCGCUCGAGUGUCGCACGGCGCGAGCGUACUUCGUGGCGGCUGCGAGAGCUGCCUGUGACGGAGGACUACAGGCGCUAUCCCUGCAGCUGCUGGCGGCCAUCAUCGCCGGCUUCCUCUUCACCGCCAUCGUUCUAGUCGACUCACACGCUUGGAUCUAUAUCAAUACCAAGCGAAGCGUCUCAGUGGAGGAGCAGGCUCCGUUCCUGUCGACAGGCAGCGCCGGCUCUCGCACUCUGCCUCGGCCCGCGCCCUUCCCUAACGGCAAGCCGCCCUCGUACAGCGCCGCCGUACAACUCAUGGACCUCGCGGACCGCGACAGAGAUCGGCCCAGGUCUCGCAUGUCCGGCAGCGCCACGCUGGGCCGUGCCGGCAGCGGGACCGGCGCGGCAGCAGCUCUUGCAGCACCCGGCGGCUCACACACACUCGGCCGAGCCCACAACGGCAAGUACGCCACCCUGAGCAAGCAGUGCAAGACGCUGGAGAGCAACGACUUCUACUGAGAGCGGGCGGGCGCCGCCGCGCCGGCCGACCGCGACGCGGGCCGAGCGAGCCGUUCGGGCAGCCUGAACCGCUUCGACCCCAAGUACGCAUCGUUCGGCCCGCGCGCGCCGCGCCCGCGCCCCGCCGCGCCGCCGCCCGCGCUCGCCUCCUUCUCACCGGACAAGUACGCGACGGUGCGACCUCAGAGGCGCUCCGACCACCAGCCUCUGUCCGCGGCGGCGCUGGAGUACCGCAGUCUUCAGAGACCGCGCCGCGCCCCCGCCGGCCGCCGCCGCCCGCCGCCCACGGACGCGCGCGACCUCUACGCCGUGACCGAGCUGUAGCGAGACCCUACGCCGCCCCACAGAUAAAAACUUUUGGACAUACGUGACGCCCCUUACCAGGCGCCACGUACUGAAAUGCUUCGAUACACGAAACUCGAAUAACCUGUGAAACACCUGUGUUUGUACUCCACAAUAGACUUUAGGCGCCUCGACUCGGAUUCUUCUAUAACGUGACCGAACAUGAACGAGUCAGCCCCUGCAGUCCUCCCGGCUGACGUGCUCGGUACUCUACACUACCUACGACACUCCGCGUCGCUAUGGUCGUCAUAGCUACGCGGCGAUGAUUUUAUACAGCGUGUUCAAAAAACUUUGACGAAUGAUUCGAAGGUUCGUUACUCGUUAAGUAUCUCAUUAAAUCGAAUAUGUAUUUAUAAGAUGUGAUUGUGACCGGUACCGGUGACGCGUCGUCAUCAGCUAGGUUAAUUUUUUGAAUUAAUUCACGAAAAGACUUGAUACUGAACAACAAGCUCAGAUAUAUAAUAUCAGGGUUGAUUUCUAUGUGAUGCUCAAUCUGCCGAAUGGUCUAAUAGCUUAGUCCUCAUCCCGCGAGGUCGCGACGAAGGCCUACGAUUGCGGUUACACUUUAACGCGAAGGCUAAAUUGAUUUUACUAGACUUUACUUAGAUAACACUUUACAUGUUUUGAGGGUAGUUUAGUGUUAUGUGGGCAUUUAUAUUUUAUACUUAAAACCGGUGAGGUAGUUAAUGUACACGUGUGUAUUCGUGUAUAUGACGAGUCCUCGGAAGGCUGUGCUAACGACAUACUGACCAAGACUAUCGAACGCGUCCCGGCGACGCGACGCCGAGUCAUUUGCGUGUGACUUUUCUAAUCUGUUUUCGCUCAACGUAUUGUUAAGAUAACUUAUUUGUAACAUUAGUUAAAUUCGGUGACUCUUUAACUGCAAUAGGUGAUUUUGUAAAGGACGGUUUUACGAUAUAUUGUGUAUAUUAAUAUAUUGUAGUAGAUAAUGGGGACGUAACGAGCGUCUCUACGAUGUUCUUGUAAUGUAAUUAUGGUUUGAAUCCAGUGAGUAAACGAAUGAGAAAUGCAAUUUUUUUAAGCUCGUUGAAAACCAACUAAACGAACAAUGCAACAAAAAAUUAAAAUAAUAUUUUAUUUAAUAUGUAUAUUUACACUAGUUUAAUGUUUUUUAUGGUACAAUUUUAUAUAUCAUUAAUUUAAUACAUUAUAGCGUGUGUUUUUUUUGUCUAUCCUGAGGUAGGUUACGAGGUGACAAGUAGACGAAUCGUCGCUAUUAGAAUCUCGUAUCGGCAUAGCGUUAAUUUUUAUUGUUAAAAAAUAAAGAGUGCAAGCGGUUACGUCUAGUUCAAACUAGAUUGUAAUAAUUGUAAAUAAUAUAUUAGAUUCCAUAGUGAAUAAUUAGUUGAUAUGGUAAGGGUAACAGGUUAAGCAUUCCAACGUGUGUAGCUUAAUGUGGAAUUGGUAGUGAAAUAAUCUGAUAUCAACUUAAGGUCGUGGGUUCAAGGUGCAUAUUGCCACUGCCAUUCGACGAGCAAUUAGUGUAAGUGUAUUUAAAAUUACUCUCAAAACACCACGUAUACAUAUGUCAGAGGAUUGGGUUAAUAUUGGAAAUGACUAGUUAUCACUCUAAGGCCUAACGGGAAGCCUUAACCGAAUGCUUAGGGUUUUUGCCUCUAAUGUCAUUUUGACAUUUCAUAUUUGGCGGUAAAAAAAAGAAUUUUUCGCGUUCAUCUAACUAACCCUAUAAUAAUAAUUUAUGUAUUAAAAGUAAUGUUAAAUAUAUGAUACCAGUUUUAUUCAGUAUUAUUAGUGAACUUUGUGAGAAUUUACAACGAUUUUGGUAAAUUUUUUUAUGAGCAAUAUAGUUUUUCUGUUUGUCAGCUUUAUUUCACUUACCGUCAGCAGUUUCGCCAAAGAUAAUGCAUAAUUCUAUCUUUAGUUAAUGAUAAGUAUUUAGGAUCCUAGAUUAUUAUUGACUGCUGUUAUUUUUUUUUUAAUUUAUCAAAUCUCUUAAUUCUAUAAAUUAUGUUUUCGAACAACAAUACUGGCAUAAAUUUAAAUAUAAAUAUAAAUUUUGCACAAUAUUGGCAUUUUAAUGAAAACUUUUGUAAUUCAUUUACAGGUGAUUCUUUUUUUGAAUUUUUCUACGAGUUUAAAAUGAAUUAUAUCGAAUGUAUGCAAUAACAAAGUAUGUUAUAUGUAAGCUCACUGUCUUUCGAAUGUAAUGUAAUCUUGCACACUAUUUAUCAACAUAUUCCUUAUAAUAAUUAGUCAGCUGUAAAAUAUUUUAGAUGUAUCAUAAUUUUCGUUGUUUGUUACGUAAACAUUUUUCUUUCUUCAACGGAGGUCCGUACACAAUAAUGUUACCGAAUUGUCUAUGACUGCGUCUUUUACAGCAAUCUGUUUGUAUUUAUGUACGUGCCAUAAUAUUUUAUUUUUUAAUUUACUAACACACUGUUCCAUCGAGACGUUCGUUCCUUUGUUUACAGUAAUGUCAUCUUCAGUUUCUUUUAUUAAAGCUUCAAAGUUUUAAAUUGAUCGUUAUAGUAUUUUAUUUUUAAACCGUAAUUAUUUUUUAUCUUUAGCGUGUUUAAGUUUUUGCUUUUCGAGUCAAUUAUGGUGAGUGCGUUGUAUUUAUUACGUGUAUUUAAUGCAUUGCAAGGAUUUUUGAAAUUUUUAUUUAUUUUAUACUUAUCGAAGUUUCGUUACUGCAAUGAGUUUUAUAAUGUUUUUUUUUUGUUUUGUAUAUUUCUUGCAAUGCAUCUAAUUCAGCGAGAUGUAAUGGCUCGCGAGUCAUAAACGAUAAAUAGAUCAUGUGUAUGGGUUUACAAAGCAAAUAAUAAAUGAAUAAAAAUA